AUGUCGCGUCUCAAGUGGCUGCUGCUCCUGGCGUGCGCCGCCAGCAUCGGAGCAAGCGUGGAGGCAGCUGCGAGUCCAAUGCAACGACGACGCCGGCACAGCAACGUUGAAUCCACUCCCACUCCAGCUGGUAAUGAUUGGGGACUGGGACCGGAGUUGGCACUGGUGCGUCGUGUCUACGACGAUUGCCAGGAGAGGAACGAUUUUAUUGGCUGCCUCAAGCAGAAGGCGUUGCAUGCAUUGACGCGUGCUUUGGAUCGGGAUUCUAUUAAAAUCGUGGACGGCCUGGUGCUGGAGAAGCAGAACAAAAGUGACACCGAUAGCAUCAUAAGCUCCCUGACAGAUGCCAGGCAAUUUGGCAGUCUGGCACCCCUGGAUCGCGCCCUCCUCUCCAAGGCCGACAAACUGAUGCGUACGCAUGCGCUGAAAUUCGACAUGGACUUAAGCCUGGAUGGGGACCACUUUGUAGGUCGUGAUAAGAAGAAGAAGAAGCAAAAGGAUGGUGGACACAUCAAGUAUGUGAUUGCCGCGUUGCUAACUGCAAUGGGCAUCGCUGGACCGCUGGGUCUAAAGGCAUUGGCCGCAAUUGCCGGCAAGGCGUUGGUGAUCAGCAAAGUGGCGUUGACCAUAGCCGGAAUUAUUGCACUGAAGAAGCUCUUCUCACACGAUCACAGCGAGGAGACCAGCUUCCAGGUGCACGCCGGCGAGCACAACAGACGCAACACGUACGUCAUCAGGCCCGUAUCGAAAACAAAUCCCAACGUGGGCGUCACAGCUGCCGGAGGUAGUUCCUCGGUAGAUCCAUAUCGCUACUACUACGAGUACCAUCAGCAGUAGGAGAGGACAUUAUUGACCUCUUACUCUUGUCCAAGUUGCGUGUGCGUGUGUUUGUAAAUGUGUGUGUUCAAAGCAGAUGCAGCUAGACUACCAAAGAAAUUCAAGCCGAGUUGAGCCUUGACUCCAUUGCGUGUCCAGACUGGCGCCCAUUUAUUUAUCGUAGCUCUUAAGAUUUAGUGUAAAUUUUAGAAAAAUAUAAGGGUGCAGCAUACAUGUCACCAACCAAA